AGCUUCUGUCAUGUAUCUAUCACAUUUCUAUAAAAUAAUCUCAAUGUCAAAGACCCUUUCAUAGUCAAAAUUGGUUCAGGCUAUUUAUUUUUGAAACAACACGGUAUUUGCAGUCUCACACAGUGCUUUUGUUAAUAUGUUUCAUAUUUUAGGUAUUUCAUUGAGGAUUAAAGUAAGUUUAUGUUUCUGUUGCAUACCUAAUGAAUGGACUACAUUAUGGAAUUUGUAUCCAUCUAAUUUGGUUGUGAAACAACAGUACUUUGUUGCUGAAGGACCAGUUAAGGAUGUGGCCAUUUCUUUCUAUCUGUGCUGUAUGAAGCACAGCAACUACAAUUUGGUUUUCUGGAGUGAGCAAAAAAUUAUUACUUGUUUUAAAUUAAGAUUUUUCAUCUUGGUGGACAGUCUUGAUUGUUCAAUAUAUCCAAAGAAACACUUUUUGCUGUCACAUCAAACAUUCUGUCGGUUUUAUAUGCAGUAUAGUUUGUGUUUUCUCUCACCUGUUACUUUCUCUGUGCCAAGCUUUUCACCCCUAGUUCCCCUUUGUUCAUUAGUUGCAGACUUCAGAACCUACUCUGCAUAGUUAACUGUGUAAUCUGAGGACUGUAUUUUGCCACUAUGUGUUUGCUGCUCUGAGCACAAUUUUACUGUUACACUAUCAGGAGGACUGACUGAGGGGUUGAAAAGUCUGCAUGCUGAGCUCUGUCUGAUGGAUCUCUGUUACUACUGACCUACUGCAUGAUAUGUCGCUGUCCAUGGUGCUGGAAUAGCUUUGGGUUGUCUAUGCCAACUGAAACGACAUUAGGAAUACUAUAUUAGCCACCCAUUCAAUUUAUAUGAUGGAACACUUGUUUCAUCAGGUAGAAUUGGUCAAAUAGUAAUUCCAUAUGAUGCAAAUAUGAUGUCAUUUAUUGUUUAAAUUAGUCAGGUGCUCAAACAAAAAGCACAAGUGAAUAGAAUAGCGUUUGGUGUUACAUGAGUUAUAACCACAAUUAUAGUGUUAUACUUCUUGAUGACUCGAGGUGUCGCUAUGCACCUACAAUAUAUUUUAACGUAAUAUAAUCGUCAGUCUAUCCACCCACCACCUCUUGACAAUAGCAGAAGGCAGACAAAUCCGGAGAUUCGUUGAAAAGCGGAGGGCUAUCAAUAGCCGAUGGUCCUUCCUUUCCAUAGAUAUAAUACAUUCAUUGUGUGGGUUGUAAGAAGUACCGAGCCUAUUGAUUCUAUCGUAAAUUGCUCUGGAUACCAGGAUGGAAAACCAAGGGAUUUUAUUUUUUGUCUUUUUAUUGUAUGGACUGCAUUACGUUCAUGGCGACCUGAGCUAUUCAGUCCAAGAGGAGAUGAAGCGUGGAUCUGUAAUCGGGAAUAUCGCCAAGGAUCUGGGACUUAGAUUGGACAAAUUAUCUGAUAGAAAGGCUCGCAUUGAAACCGAGGAAAGCCAACGGAGGUAUUGUGAAGUCAAUCUAAAGAGCGGAGAGCUAAUUGUUUCAGAGAGAAUCGACCGAGAGGAACAAUGCGGAGAAAAGUCGUCGUGUGUUCUUAAAUUCGAGCUCCUUUUGGAAUCUCCAUUAGAAUUACACCGUGUAUCACUACAGAUACAAGACAUAAACGACAAUGCACCGAGUUUCCCGACGGAUAUUAUCAAGCUGGAAAUCAGUGAAUCUGCUGACAAAGGAGCUCGGUAUCGCGUUAAUGCGGCUCACGAUUCAGAUGUAGGCCAGAAUGCGAUACAAAGUUACACUCUUCAACGGAAUAACCACUUUAUUUUGAUUUUACAAACUACAAGUGCCGGUAGUAAAUAUGGCGAAUUGGUUUUAGAAAAGGAGUUAGACAGAGAGGAGCAGCAGCAAAUACGAUUAUUGCUCACGGCUCUAGAUGGUGGUACUCCUCAGAGAUCAGGCACAGUAGUCAUAGACGUCACUGUGUUGGACGCUAAUGAUAACGCCCCAGUGUUUAGUCAGGCCGUGUAUGAGGCCAGACUUCCGGAAAACUCUCCGUUGAAAACCCAUGUGAUUACGGUGAGCGCGACGGACGCAGACGAGGGCGUUAAUGGGGACGUUACAUAUGAACUGAGCCGAAUGUCAGAUAAAUCACGGAACAUGUUUUCACUUGAUGGACAGACUGGGGAGAUAUUUGUUGCAGGAAACAUUGACUUUGAAGAGGAUUCAAAAUAUGAAAUGUUUGUUGAGGCCAAAGAUGGAUAUGGACUUUCAUCAGAUUCAAAGGUGAUAAUAAGUAUUGCGGAUAUUAAUGACAACGCCCCGGUCAUAGUGUUGAAAUCCUUGACCGCUCCAAUACCAGAGAACGUCCCACCUGGUACAGAAGUAGGCCUUAUUAACGUGCAGGACAGAGAUUCAGAGAAAAACAAACAAGUCCGUUGCUACAUUCAACAAAUGGUUCCUUUCAAACUAAUUCCCUCAAUCAAAAACUAUUAUUCGUUAGUGACCACGGAUAAACUAGAUCGUGAAGAAGUUACUGAUUACAACAUUACAAUAACUGCUUCCGACACCGGUUCACCGCCGCUGUCAUCUUUGAAAACAAUUCAGGUCUCUGUGGCUGAUGUAAACGACAACCAACCUGUGUUUGAGGAACAGUCAUAUAGCAGCUAUGUCCCUGAGAACAACAAACCGGGCCACAGCCUGUGUUCUGUUAAGGCCCAUGACCCAGACUGGAGACAAAACGGUACAGUGAUCUAUUCUCUUUUACCUGGUGAAGUCAACGGUGCUCCAGUCUCCUCUUAUCUAUCUGUUAAUGGAGACACCGGAGUGAUCCAAAGUGUCAGGUCGUUUGAUUAUGAACAGUUUAGGAGCUUUAAAGUCUAUGUUAUGGCACGAGACAAUGGUUCUCCUCCGCUCAGCAGCAACGUGACUGUGAGUGUCUUCAUAACGGAUGUAAAUGACAACACUCCUCAGAUACUUUACCCCGCCCCGGAGGGAAACUCCCUCAUGACUGAACUGGUACCCAAAGCUGCUCAAGGAGGUUCUCUGGUUUCCAAGGUGAUAGCAGUUGAUGGGGACUCUGGACAGAACGCCUGGCUGUCCUAUCACAUCAUUAAGUCCACUGAUCCUGGACUUUUCAAAAUCGAUCUGCACAGUGGGGAGAUCCGGACCCAGCGAGAAAUUUCUGAUUCUGACAACAUGAAACAGAACAUUGCAGUCGCUGUAAAGGAUAACGGACAGCCCUCCCUCUCUGUUACAUGUUCCAUGUUUUUACUGAUUUCUGAUAACUUGGCUGACCUACCAGAACUGAAGGACAUGGCUUAUGAAGAUAGCAGUUUUAAAUUAACAUCUUAUCUGAUCAUCGCGCUGGUAUCCGUCUCCACCUUUUUCCUGACUUUCAUUAUUAUCAUUCUGGGAUUGAGGUUUUGUCGGAGGAGGAAGCCCAGACUUUUAUUUGAUGGAGCGGUUGCUAUUCCCAGCUCUUAUCUCCCUCCAAACUACGCAGAUGUGGACGGCACUGGAACUUUACGCAGCACAUAUAAUUAUGAUGCGUAUUUAACCACUGGAUCUAGAACAAGUGACUUUAAAUUUGUCACAUCUUACAAUGACAACACACUGCCUGCAGACCAGACCCUGAGAAAAAAUCCAACAGACUUUGAAGAAGUGUUUGGAGACCUUGAUGUUUCCCCUGAGGUAGGCACCCUCUUGAGAUUAUUCUUGAUAUUUUCAGAGAUCCAACACAACAAUUGUUACUCUCUAAUUUUUCGUUGGUUUAGAUUUGCUCAUUGUUGAGCAUUUACGACACAGAGACACAGUGUAAAAAUGUGAGGCAGAUUGUGGCUUGGGUGUUUGACUCCCAUCCAAAAGAUCUUCAUAUCCCAGUAUCAUGCAUAUUUUGAGCAGGACCUGGAAUACUUGUCAGACACAGGUUAAACGAAUGGGGAUACUCACAAGGAGCUUCAGAAAGGCUGAUAAAAGGUUAAUGAAUCAAAUGACAAAUUUUAAGAUUGCAACUUUUGCUUGAGUUGAAUUUUGUUGAGUACAAGAUUAAGCAAAUCAUUUGCAUUUUUGCAGUGCUUGUUUUUGA